AAAAUUAAUUCAGAGGAAAUCUUAGCUGUACAGUACUUCUGUCUCUCCCUUUCUUCAUCAAAAGACGAGAGAUUAAAGAAAAAAAGGACAAAACUUUAAAAGGAAUCUCCUCCCCUCAGUUCGAGAAACCACGAAAGGGUUUUACUUUGAUUCAGUUCUUGUUCUCGAAAGUCUUCUCUGCUUUUGUUGUCUUUUGGACCAAUACUUUGGUCUUUGGUCUGAAGCAAUGCAGUUAUAUCAUCAUCCAUACUCAUUAGACAGCCAGAGAGUGAGACUAGCUUUGGAAGAGAAAGGCAUUGAUUACACAUCAUACCAUGUGAAUCCCAUCACAGGCAAGCACAUGGACUCUUCCUUCUUCAGGAUGAAUCCCAGCGCCAAACUUCCCGUUUUCAGGAACGGUUCUCACAUCAUUUUGGACACUAUUGAGAUCAUAGAAUACUUGGAGAGAAUAGCUGAGGUGUCUUCUGGUGUAGAGGAUGCUACUUUCGGUAGAGAAGUACUUGAAUGGAUGCGGAAGAUCAGAGAAUGGGACUCCAAGCUUUUCACACUUGCUCACAUCCCUGAUAAUCGCCGCCUCUACGUUUCCAAGUUCUUGAGGAUGGUUAUGAUUGCGCGGAUGGCCGAGUCUCCGGACUUGGCCAGUGCUUACCACAGGAAGCUAAGGGAAGCUUACGAGACAGAGGACAAACUAAAAGACCCCGAAGCCUUGAGGAGAAGCAAAGACCAUUUGCUCAGGCUUCUUGAUGAGGUUGAGACCAAGCUAGAGGGGACGAGUUAUGUGGCAGGGAAUGAGUUUAGCAUGGCUGAUGUGAUGCUAGUGCCUGUGCUAGCUCGGUUGUCGCUGCUGGAUUUGGAAGAGGAGUAUAUAAGUAGCAGGAGGAAUCUUGCUGAGUAUUGGGUGGUUGUGAGGAGUAGACCAAGCUACAAGAAGGUUAUUGGAAGGUACUUUAGUGGCUGGAGAAAAUAUGCAACACUUUUGAAGACUUGGAUGUUUGUUAGAGUCAGAAGUUUGCUCAGAAAAUAUUGAAGAUUUGGUUUCUUUGUUUUUGUGUUUCCCACUUUGAAUGUUCAUUUUACAUAACAUUGUAAAGUUGAGAAAAGUUUGUACCAAAAGCAAUAUUUAUUUAAGAAGUUUGUAAUGUGUGAAUAAAGAAUGUGAUUUGCUCUUA